CCCUAGCCGCCGAAUUUAAAUCCCUAGAUUUUGCUACCGACACUCUUCUUCCUAAUUCUCUUGUCUUCUUCUUCUUCUUCUUCUUCUUCUUCUUCUUCCGUUCGCCUGUUGUAAGCUGCGAUGGCGAAGAAGCGAAAGCUUGACGCUUCGAAAGGCGCUGCAUCGUCGAGGCCGCCCAAGAAACAACAGCAGCAGCAACAACAGCUGCAGAAGCUGCAAGAAGAAGAGGCGAAGAAGGUUAAGGUAGAAGAAGAGGAGGAGGAGGUGGAAGAAGUGAAGGAGGAGGUGGAGGAAGAGGAAGAAGAAGUGGAAGAGGAGGAGGACGGCGGCGAAGAUGCGAACGAAGGGGAUAAGCAGAUCGGUUCUUCUUCUGCGGCGGCGUCGGCUCCGGAUGACGACGACGACGAGGAGCCGAUUGAGAAGCUUCUCGAACCGUUCAGUAAGGAUCAGCUCGCUAAUUUGCUCCGCGAUGCUGCGGAGAUCCACCGCGAUGUGGCGGAUCGCAUCCGGAGGAUAGCCGAUGAGGAUCCUGUUCACCGCAAGAUCUUUGUUCACCGGCUAGGCUGGGGAUGCCGCUGUCGCCGGUGGUGAGAAAAUGGAAGCGAGUUUGAGAGGCACAGCGGCGCGGGGGAGACGAGAGGAGAGUGUAGAGAGAAGGAAGAGCGCAGCAGCCGAAGGUAGGGUUUAGUGUAGUCUCUGCUUCUCUUCCAAAUUUUUUUUUUAGCUUGGUCAAAAACGGCGCCGUUUGGAUUAAAUUAAGGGGACCGCCGGUUUUAAUAAAACCGGCCGAAAUUUCGGCCCAUUGCGGUCCAACCGUAAAAACCGCCCGGCAGGCUCUUGGAUGGUACACAGCCCCUAUUGUGCCGGGCCAGGUCCGGUUUCCGGUUUUUCCGGUCCGACCGGCCGGUCCGGUACGGUAUACUGGUCCUUGCUUUUUAGAUCAUGUACCCAAGCAAUUCAAGAGCAAACUUCUAUGGCUUCAAGGGUUACCUUUAAAGUAAAAAAAAAUGGAAUUAUUUUCGCCCAACUUGGAAUUGAAGAUGCAAUCCCCUCUAAAGUAAAAAAAAUUGGAAUGGCUCAAGUUCCACUCUAUUCAAGAACACAUAUAUCGGGUGCUUAUUCUUGAGUUUAUUAGUACACUCAUUGCUCGAGACAUGAGGGUUGCUGCUGAACUUGAGGAUAACAUUCGAUUUCAACUCAGAGGAGAGUAUCGUCACAUGUCAAUCCGAGAGUUCACUAGAGUAAUGGACAUCUACCCGGCGGGCUUCAUUGAUUCACCUCAUGAUUUCUCCACCUUGACAAGGGAAUCCGGCUUCCCUUGUUUCAAGGCCUUCUAUGAGUCUGAAGUCAAGAAACCCGAGAGCCGACAAUGGGACGUGAGACUAUCAAAAGCCAGUAAGGUGCAACCGGAGUGGCGACUCAUCCACCACGUGAUUGCUAGGUUCGUGGACAUCACCCUAUUUCAUAGCAUUCGCCUCCCGCAAUCUCUCCAUCUAGGCCUAUCAAUCUUAUCUAUUUUCAAGUAUUACAAGAUGGAUCACUGAAUUGACACACUCCACGGACAAGUGUACGUCACCCGACUUGCCAGAUAUUUCCAUGUCGACUUUGGAGCUGUACAAUUUCGUUUGGAUCGAAUGACCGUUCCUAUAUCCUUUGGUGUCUUAAAUUCAAAACUUAAGGUGUUACACAUGAGCAAUGAUGGCAUUUGGGGUGUGCGAGGAUUCCCAUUCCCAAUCACCAAUACAUUAGACGUGGGAGUAACCGUAUUCCAUAUUUCGGAAACUAGGAGGGAAAGGGACCAAAGAGGAUUGACAACCAAGGAAGACCAAGAGGAGAGCGUGCAUGAAGGAAGAGAGGUUCCUAUUCCCACUUUUCAACCGGUUCACCAACCGAAAAACAAUGCAAGAGAUUAUAUAAUUGAGGCAAUGAUAGCGGCUAUACUUCACAACCAACGAAGAGAGAAGGAAGCACGACUUCACAUUAUGGCGUGCAUCCACGCGAUCAUGGAGAAGAUGAACAUUUCGAUCAAAGAUGUACCAGCCAAAUUAAAUUGCUCCUCACCUUCCGCACUUUCCCACGAUGAAGAAGAAGGACACUCCGAGGAGGAAUGAGUCUAGGCAUCCAUGACCUAAGUUCUAUCUUUUCUUUUUAUUUGAUUUUCCUUAUUUAAAUUAGAACAGUGUUUAAUUAUCGCUUUAUUUUCAUUUUAACUUUCGUAUCUUAAAUAUUCUAUCGCUUGUAGUAGUAGUGGUACUUAUUAUAUAUAUUUAUCGUACCUAUAACUCAUAUUUGUCUUCCUCUCUAUCUUAUGCUCUUUAUCAUUGUGAAAACCACCAUCAAGACAAAGACUACACUUGUGAAACUUCACCAACCCACAACCCAACCUAUGGUAACAUUCACGAUCUUUUCUUGGCGAACUCUCACAUUGAGGACAAUGUGUUGCUCAAGUGUGGGGGGGAUGUUUGUGCAUGUUUGAAUGUUAUCAUGAUUGGUGCAUGUAAGACGUUGAUGAAUGCUUAUGGGAUUAUAUGCUAGUGAUCAUGCCUUUGUUGUGGUGAUGAAUGGUGAAGUAUUAAUGUUUUGGAACGUUGAAUGCACACCCAUAUUUUUCAAUUUUGAGGGUUCCCAAACACCUUGUCUGUGCAAUUACCUACUCGAUGUGCUUUGAUUUGACUAAAUUGAUUGAUGUGUUGUUCAUCUUAGGUGAUAGUUGCAUGGUUUGAGUAUCGUUACGUGAGGGAUUUUACCACUUUCCUCCUCUAGUGUGAGUCGAUAGUGUUUGCUAUCUUAAAAAGACAUUAUGUAAGGGAUUCUCUCUUUUUAUGUGAUCUAAGAACUUUUUCAAUUUGUACUUAAAAAUAGAAAAGAGGUUCUCACGUGAGUAGCAACUGGGCAAAAGAAUUGAGAUCAACCGUCAUAGGAUUGUUCUCUUGGCUCGGAGUGGCCGUCGAGAAUGUGUUUGGGGUUCGGAUAGCUUUAUUGCGUCCCAUCUCUUACUACCUACCAUUCCCCAAACACCUCUCCUCCUCACGGAAUCGUAUGAUAAGGACCAAAGGUACCUUUUAGCGAUUCAUGAGACCUCAUAGCUCUCGUUUUUACCCAACAUGUGUGGCAACCCAAUGAGGAGUGCAGGCUGGGACGUGGUGCUCAGGCUCAGAUUCAUCCGAUCUUGGUCCUGAGGGAGAGAUGCUAUUAUGUAAUGGAAUAAAUUGCAAGAGUUCGGUGCAAUGUGCAUGAACGGAGAAAAAGGAUACCGGAAAAUGACAACUCCUACACCAAAAGAAAGAAUAAAAGCAGCGCUUAUAUUUCUAUUAGUUGUUAGUUGUCGGAGAAUCCCCCGGAGCGCAUUUUGAACGAUCGGCCUCAGGUAAUAGAUAUGGUCCUCUCAUGAGAGUUUGUGCUUGCACAGUAGGAAGGUAGUAGCGUUCAUUCAUCCCUGUAUACUCUUAUCUAUGCAAUGAAGAACUAGCAUUCAUGCCUCAUUGAUUCAUCUAUCCUAUUGCAUUAGGUUUGAGUAGGUUUGCUUGGGGACAAGCAAACGUCUAAGUGUGGGGGAGUUUGAUAACACCAAAAUCGGUGUUAUUUACCCUCCAUCUUAGGGUAUGUUCUGUGCCAAUUCAUGUACUUAAGCAUUUAAACAUUUUCAAAUACAUCUCUAUUUACUUCCUUUUUUAUUUUAAUGUGAUUAUAGGGUGUAUUAGUCAAUAUGUGCAAAUUAGGUACAAAACAAGGUCACAAGUGUAGAAAAGGGUCAAGGAUCAAAGAUCGUGGCCUAGAAGCCAAAGAUCAUGGUCGGGAUUUCUAGUCGUGAAGACUUGUUGAAGAUCGCAACCCAAAAGCCAAAGAUCGCAACCUCGAUCUUGAAGCUCAGGGCGUGAACUUCGCGUGGAAGAAGCCUUGAAGAAGCAGAGAGUUUCCCUGGUCGCAUCACGGCCAACGUUCACUUAGCCUGCGAGGAAGAUCAGGGUCACGACUCGAGGAUCGCAACCACGAAAUCAGCCCGCGAUCUUCCCCCUUUAGAAGGCCAAGACGACGACGUCUUGAGAUCGCUGCCUAUCCUCAGAAGAUCCUGCCCGCGAUCUCCCAAUCUCAGGCAGCGAACUUCCCCGAGUCCAAAAUGCUUAUAAAUAGAAGACACCUUUCCCCAUUUUCAGAGAGCUGAUUUUGGGUGAAAUUUCUUGAUCUAGAGAGAGAAGAGAAAGAAGCUGAAGAGAGGAGAAGAGAAGGAGAAGGAGGAGCUAGGAGUAAGGAGGAGCUACCCCAACUUCAAGUCUUCUUCUAUUUCUACCAUGUAUCUUCUUCCCUCCUUUAUCGAGUAGUCCUCUAAGGUACUAGGGGUUCUAAACCCCAAACCCUAUUUUUAGGGUUUAUUAUGUAAGUAUAGAUAUUUUAGGGUUUGAAUGAAUGAAUGAGUUUGUCUCAUAGAUUCUUAAUGUCAUUCUUUCUUAAAUGAUGACGCUUGGGCAACUGGCCCAAAUCUUCUCUCUUAACCUGCUUUAUGCUACCGAGCUGGGUACGGAGCUCUAGGAUUAGACGAUUAUGCUCUAUCUUGAGAGUUUAGGUUAGAUGAGUGAAUGGGGGCCUAUAGUGGUCAAGCGACCGAACCCCUGCUAUAGGUAGCCUUCCUAGAUGAAACCCAGGGUGAAACAAACCUCGGUGUGAAUGGUGGAUAUUUUCCAUUGAAAUGAGCCAUAUUCUUAACGCCCCAGUUACGAUAGCCUAGAUCGAGGUGACGAAAACAUGGGUUUAGGGGAGGCAUACUCGGAGGCUUGUGGAUAACGACGAACGCCCACAGAAAAGAGCUCACUCACCACAUUCGAUAACCCUAAGUAUCUAUACAUGCAUAAUAUCCCUAUGCUAGGGGGAGGAUUAGUUCCCCGAAGUACUUGCUUUUAGCUUUGAUCAACCUCUAGACUAGUGUUUCCUCAUAUCCUCUACUCAAAACCUCAAAAACCGAUUACCUAAUUAACAACAAGGUGGGAAGUAGGCUAGGGUACAAGGACCUGAGUAGAAUACGACCUUGAUUACCACUAUACGGCAUUGUCAUCCUAGGUUAAACUUAGUUUAGGAUGGGAUAGUUAUCGAUACGUACAAACCACUGACAAUAUCAUGAACGGAUUCAUGUUAUCAAGGAGUCUCUACACCAAUACCUUUUAAGUUGUCGUUAUGCGAGAGAGACCUGGGACCAUUACUUCCCAUCCCCCAGUCCCCCUCCUCCUUCUUCCAACCUCCUUGAAUGGAUAUUCCAUCUAAAGGAUGCCAUCCCCAUUCAGUCGAUCCUCCCGAUCAUCUUCCUCAUCUGGAAUGUUUGGAAAUCUCGCAACGAAAAAGUGAACCUCAAUGCCUCCCCUUGGUCACAUGCUCCAAUGCUACCCAGGACUUGCUGGAGUGGUCGUCCCCCCCCCCCCCCCACCCCCCGCCCCCAUUCGGAGAAAUCCUCUUCCCCCAUGUCCCAGCUCAACCAUCCCCUGAAUCAGAUUUCGCCACCGCUGAGUUUUCCUCCUUUUGAGGUUCACUAUGAUGGAUCGUUUCUUAGCGAUUCCCAUGAGGUGGCCUAUGGCAUUGUUGUCCUCAAUAGUCAUGGUAAAGUCUGUGACGGGAGAGUAGGGACCUUUCUAUGCGCAUCUCCUAUCGAAGUCGAGACUAAAGCCUUACUUGAAGCUCUGAUGCUUGCUCAGGAUUUAGCAUACCCUGUUCUUGUCCGCACAGACUGUCUAUCCCAUGUCUCGUCUCUUGCAAACCCGAGGUCAUCUUGGAGGUGGUUUUUUUAGCAGUCCUUGGCAACACGACUGAUCUGGUGAAGAUGAACUCGUUGAUUAAUAUAACACUUAAAAACAA